UGUACAUGAAUAUGUAAUGUCAUAAUGCAAAUGCUUUUUUCAUUUGAUAGUAGAGGCCAACAAAAUACAGUCCCCCCCUCCCCUGUCUCUUGUGUUUAAUCUGCUUUUCUCUCUGACUUAUCUGACGUCCCACUACCCCUCUCUCUCCCUCUCUCCAAUGAUCUUAUCUCCCCAUCCAAUUCUUGUGUUCCUCUCCUCAACUCAAACCAUUUUUGGUAAAAACUAGAAUCUGCACCAAAUUCUGUCUUGUCACUUCUGAAGCUGAGGCCCCCUCUUCUGCUGCUUCAAGGUGAGUGAGUAAACAAGGGGUUGGUCGAAUCGAACUAUGAUGCCUCCAAAUAUGAACAUGGAAUCCGAGGACGAAUCCGAGGUGAGCAGCCAGGUCGCCUCCAACACCUCCGUCUACUCCAAGGAAGAGUGCCGAAACACCUCAUCCUGCCUCGACGACAGCUUCAUCAAGCCCGUCACACUAGACCUCACCCUCGGCCUCAACGGCUCCCUUGAACCCGACCUCACACCCCCCAGUGAUGCCGUCUCCAACAACCCCCCUCCGCCCUCCUCGCGAGUCUUCUCAUGCAACUACUGCCGCCGCAAGUUCUACAGCUCCCAGGCACUUGGAGGUCACCAGAACGCCCACAAGCGCGAGCGGACGCUCGCCAAGAGGGCCAUGCGUAUGGAGAUGUUCUCCGACAGAUACGCCAGCCUCGCCUCGCUCCCCCUCCACGGAUCCGCCUUCCGGUCUCUAGGCAUCCAGGCUCAUGCUACAAUGCACCCGGAGCAGGGGAUACGAGGCGGUGGUGGUGGUGGAGGCGGUGCUCGGUUUAUCGAUCAAGGCUACUUCGGAUUGCCACUCUGUAUGGAGUAUGAAGAAGGGGAGCUAUCGUGGCCGGGAAGCUUCCGACAAAUGGAGGGUCUCCGGGGACAUCCGGCCUUCGAAUCGGGGCAGGGCUCGGAUAUGGCGGCCGGGGCUGCCCUACCUCCGAGGACAGAACAUUCAUCUCUUCCUGACCUAAACCUCAAACUUUGACAAUUUUUUUGUCACUGGAGUUUUACAUGUGAUGCAUAAAUAAUUGUACAAAGAUUUGAGUGGUGGAGAUGGAGAUGGAGAUGAAGAUGGUGAUGAUUUAGAGGUUGUAGCUUCAAACAGAGAUUCUUGGUAGAUGAAUUUGGUGUGGAGAUGCUAUAAUUUGCUAGUUGGGAUAAGAACACUAGUAUUGUACUAUCACUCUAAGGUCGACUAUAAUACUGCUAAAAUUUCCAUUUCUAUCUUCUGUAAUUCACUCAAUUUGUACUAUUAUUGAAGCAUAUGAAGAUCAGGUUGAUGUAUUGUGGGAAA